AUGUCGGAGCGCAAACUCGGAGUGGGCAUCCUCGGGGCAGCGAGGAACGUGCCUUUCUCGGUGCUACAACCGUUGAGACAAAAUCCAGAUUUGGCCGCCAGGAUCAACAUCGUUGGUCUGGCCUCCCUACAGAAGGCGGAGGCCGAAACGGCCAGCAAGGAUUGGGGCAUUGCCAAGGCCUACGCUAGCUUCGAGGAGCUGCUGUCUGAUCCUACAGUGGACGCCGUAUACAACGUUCUACCAGCAGCUCAUCGGUGUCACUGGACCGUCAAAGCCAUUCAAGCAGGGAAGCAUGUGCUCUGUGAGACUCCGUCAGUGCUAAAUGGCCGUGAGGCCGUCAUCGUGCAGAGGGCUGCAGAGGAUGGAGGCCGCGUCCUUUUGGAGGGCACGCAUCCUACGAGCCACCCUGUGACCAAGCGAGUUCGGCAGAUGAUCCUGGAGGGGAAGAUAGGGACUCUGGAGUACAUCGACCUGGACAUGCCAGUGGGUCACUCACUCCAAGGCAAGGUUGUCUGCUCCAAGACUGGUGCGCUGAUGGGCGUCGGUGUCCACGGAGUGGCCAUCGUGCGUGCUCUGAGUGGAGACGAGCCAACGGUGAUCAGUGCGACGGCGCAGCAGUCGCCCGACGACCCGGGGGUCGAUGCAGCCAUGAGUUGCAACCUUCGCUUCCAAAGCGGUGCGGGUGCUCACAUCGGAUGUUCCAUUCUUCCCCAGAUGGCCAAGUCGCCGACGAGCCUGUUCUUGACAUUGGUGAGAG